AUGGAGUCCUCCAUUUCGGCAGAGUUCGGCGCCUUCGCCGGGAGUCCGGGAGGCGCAUUCCAGUCCCCCCGCCGCCCCACAGCUUCGUCGGCAAGAAGAAACUGCUCCGCCCCGGCACAGCCGAGCGCCGGAGACGCCUCGGCCUCCGUCUCGUCUGUUUCUUUCCUUUCUUCGCGCGCUGCUCUCCAGUGCGGCGAUGCCGUCGCGUGUUCUCGUGCGUCGCACAAGGCGCCGCCGCGACUGGGCCUCCCGGCCCCAGCGUCUCCGUUCCGGGCCGUGCACAAACAGCGUUUCUCCUUGCUCCUUCUCGUCGUUGCCUCAUCGCUGGUUAGCCUCGACUCUGCGCACUGGGGCGAAAGCGUGGACGGGCGUCCGGCGGGCUUUCUGUUUCCAGCUGCGGAAGCAUCGGUCCGAUUUACCUCUUUCCCGUCUCAGAAGGCUCUCGCUCUGCGAUUCGGCAACGUAUCUCUGAGAGAAAUGGUCAUGCACUUCCACUACACCGAGAAACUCUUGGAAGACGCGCGCGGGCUUCUCUCGCGAAUCUUCCGAGUGCCGAUCAGGGCCAUUUCCUUCCUCCAGCUGAGACAGGACGACGAGCGCCCCGACCACGCCAGUCUCUUGACGUUUGACGUCCAGGGGAAGCAUUUGCACGACCAGCAAGGCCAGUUCCAAGAGUACCUCGAGAAGCACAGCGAGGGCCUUGAAUUGGUCUUCGGCGGGCGAAAGGUGUCGUGUGAGCCGCUGGCUCAGGUCUUGCAGCCGGCAGUCGUGGAGGAGAUGCCCGAGCCUCAGGGGAAAAGCUUCGUGUGGCAACGGCCCGGUAAGACGAACACUGCCACGCGCGCGCGCGCCAGGUUCUCUUCAGAGAAGGAGAAAGAAACGGUGGACACCAAAGGCCACCCGCGGGGAAAGGGGAUCCAGAGAACGGCGCGGAGACGCAGAAAGAGGGCGGCGGAAAAGGCAGGCCGCGACGGGGAACAGGUGUCCGAAAAGCCCGCGACCAAACACAAGAUCUCUCCAGUGAUGCGCGCCCUUGCCUCCGCAGGUUACACGCGAAUUCUCGACAACGCUGAGCACCUCAUCUGGGUCAGAGUCAAGAAGACUUCUGGAGUCCCGCGCCAUGCACAGUACGGCGAAGUGAACCAGAUGCUUACUAGAGCGGUUAAGGGCGUCGUCCAGGCCACAGGCUACCUUGUUGAACCCGAGGACGUCCAAGUCCUGUCUCUGGAAGAAGACAGGGAUGCCCGAGUCGUCGCCCUAGGGAUUUCGCAACACCGAGGCGUGCAACACUACUUGAAAGCCCUGAAAGCCUGGCUUCGAAACGCAUGCGGAGGGACCAUGAUCCUGCAGACUGCUCUAGGAGCCGCCCUCACUGCCGAUUGCUCCAUACCGCUUGUGACCGUCCGAGAGACAGGCCAGCCUCUAACGGAGGACGAUAUUUCUCUGGAAGAGGAUUCGGAUGCGGCAUCUGAGGCCGCGCCUAAGAAACAGAAAGAGAUGGACGACAAAGAGCAGGACCGUGCUGCGAUGGACCCAUCUACGCGGUUCGGCCCGAACUACGUGACGGGUGCUCACAAUGCAACGGAACCUGGGACGUUUCCGCCCGGCUAUCCAAUGGCCUAUCCUUGGGGCUACAUGCCUCCGUUCCCACCUCAUCCGUGGCCCAGCCCCGCCGGCGAAGGCGAUCGAGAGGCUGUUGAUAAAGCAGUGAAGGCGAGCAACGCCCCGGCGGAAGCGACGGCUGAAGAGGCAGGAGGAUCCUCAGGUGUCGGCGUCAAGAUCGGCAUUGUCGCUGGCUGCUUGGUCGUGGGUCUGCUGAUAGUUCUCGUGGUUUGGUGCGUGUGGAGACUCCGGAAGAAGGACGAGAAGGCGCUUGCAGAAAAGCAGCGGGAAAUUAUUGCGGAACGCAGGGCGAAAAACCGCGGCGUCGCCACAUACGCGCAGCAGUGA